AUGAUGGACAUUCGCAGGGCAACGCGCGAAGACAUCUUCGAUCUCCGUGCACAAAUUCAUACCGACUCUCCUAACCGCAUGAUUUCCACAACGUCCCCAACCGCCGAUGACUCUGAACAUUCCGUCCUCGAAGAUGACUCUGACGGCGAGAUGGACCGUGACGACUACAUAGAAGACGACGACAUCAUGGACGACGACGACGACGGGUCAUCUUCGCUAUCCAUUCCCAACGAAUCUAUCGACUUCGACCUUGUUUAUUCUCUUCAUAGCUUUGCCGCUACUGUCGAAGGCCAGGCCAAUGUUGUCAAGGGGGACUCCCUCUUUUUAAUGGACGACAGCAACAGUUAUUGGUGGCUUGUCAGGGUUCUCAAGACUCAGGAGGUCGGGUACAUUCCCGCUGAGAACAUUGAAACUCCAUUUGAACGGUUGGCCAGGUUGAAUAAACAUAGGAAUAUCGACCUGGCAUCUGCAACUCAGGCUGAACUUCAAGACGGUCUAUUACAGUCUCAAGAUCGUCUCCGUCAAAACAUCAACAACUCUCGGCAAGGCCGCACAGAGUCUCCAUCUCAAACACGCCUUGAAAAGACCAAGACCGUUGAUUUCAACGUCGACCGCAGUUUCCACCGCUAUCCACCUGCAGUAUGGCGUUUUGAAGAAGAUAUGGACGAAUUUGACUACGAAGACGAAGAGGAGUAUGACGUCGGUGAAUAUUAUGAGGAAGACCCAGUGCUGGCAGCUGAGAAGGCGGUUGAGAAGGAGGUGUUGGAUCGGAUAAACGCGAAAAGUGAACCGGAGGCGGAGUCUGGUGCACACCACUCACCGUUAGCGGAGCCUGACGAUGAACUGAAGUGGGACGACGCUGCAGCAGAGGAGUUGAGAGCACAACAAAUGGCACAGCGUCAACAGUCCCAGCUACCACCGCAACAGCAGCUAGUAAGAGCCUCGCCAUCACCCACCCGAAAUGGGAUUACUGAACAACAACGCGUGUCACCGACCUCUCACUCCCCCACCGGCUCAUCCAAUUCUACUACUCCGUUGUCUAUAUCUACUGGCCAGAACGGGCAACGUCGCCUCGUUACGGAUCCCUUCUCCGAAUUCGACAGCAGCCCGAACAGUGUCAAUCCAUCGUCGCCCUCAAAUUCGUCCAGCACCCACGAGACGGUCAAGUUAACUAUGACACCGACCAUUGUACGGGAGGAUGUAUUUGAGGGACAACAAGUUGCGACUUAUUCUAUUGAUGACAGAAAGAGGCGAGUUGACGAUGAAGACAAUCCUGCGGCUGAGGAUCCCAGGAAACGAGCAAAAGGAGUAGUCAGUCCCGUCUCCUCCGCUCCAGUCAAGUCAGCCCCAACAACUAGUGGAGGAAAAUUGCGCAAAGAGAGAGAUCGCUCUGACUCGACAACCCGUUCUAUAGAUUCUGGAUCAGGGUCUGUAGAGGACGACUCGUUAGGUAAAGAUAAAGAUGGGAAGGAGAAGAAGAAGAAAUCAAGCAUGUUUGGUGGGCUGUUCACUCGAAAGAAGGAUAAGAAGGAGGGGUCGAAGGAUCUCAGGGAUACACCCGGUGGAAAAGAUACCAAAUCCUCAGUAUCCAUGGAAGCCGAUAUCAUUGUCGGACCCAAUAAUGCAGGAAGAGUUUCAGAAGAAAGUGGUCGACGACCUUCUGGGAGCAGUGUUGUAGUAAGUGUUGAGAGUGGCAUGGUUUCGCCCACGACCGCUAUGGCUAUGCAGCAGCAGCAGCCACUCAUUGUACCUUCGACGCCCCCUCAAAAUCACCAAUCAGCAGGCUUGACCGCGGGGUCGACUUCGUUCGGAUCCCUGAGCUCGGCGAUAUCUUCAACUUCAACUCCUCCUUCAUCUCUAACAUCUUCUCCGGCUGCUCAAAUCCUGAGACAGAAAGAUCAGGCUCAGCAAGCCUUAUAUCAGCAAUACUUGAAUCGGUCCCCCGCAACCCCUCCAGACCUAGUACCCAACUAUGGGCUGCAGAGUGCCAGUGUGGUUAAUACUGGUGGGAGGUGGGGUCGGGAUCGAGACGCUACCUCCGCUGCUCAAUCCCAGUCGAGUGGCCUUGCACCCCCGAUGCAACGACAAAGACCCGGAUCGUUGAUUCUGACGCCUGAGGCAUUAGCAUCACAUCCGAUUUCGUCCAUAAACGUGACCUCACCUUCGUCUGCGACGCCAUCUUCUGCAGCAGCUCAGGGAGGUCAGCCCAUAACAGAGCUCUCCGUCGUCAGGAUCUUUGCAGGCAGAGGGCUCGAGGAGGAGACCGAGGCAACCUUCAAGACCGUUUUGCUGAACUCGCAAACUAGCGCGAGCGAGCUGGUCGGUCAGGCUGUGCAAAGGUUUCGACUUAAUGUACCCAACGGGGAUGGUCAUUCAACGGAUGAGGAGGAGGAGGAUAAUGAUGAGCCUCAUGUUAAGAAGGCGAAAAUGACGGGCCCGAGUUGUUUUUACUAUUUGACAAUCAAGCAGAUCGAAGGUGGAGCAAGCGUCAAACUGAAAUCGGAUGAGAAACCACUGGUUGUUUUCGAGUCGCUCGUUGAGGAUGCCAGAAUCGUGCGCGAAGAAAGGGAACGGGAGGAACGGGAGCGUGAAUUAGCUUCAAGAAGCGGGGGUGUCAUGGCGACACCCAAGGUCAAAAGAAGUAGCGUUGGAUCUAUCAGCUCUGUGGCGAGUAAUCUGAGCAUGCAUCCUGCGAUCAAGAAAUUACCUAUGAAUGAUUUCACCGAUGAUUCGGCGGUCAAGUUUUACCUGCACAAGAAAGGUGUCUAUCCCGAGGAAGAUGAAGAGUAUGAUGAGUUGGCAGCUUAUCAGAGGUAUAGUACGGAGGAAGAAGACGAGACCAUGGUUGCCGCUGAUACCUCUAUCUCGAGUAAUACGGGAGAUUCUGACUCUGGAGGAUUCUUGUCGCCAUCUGGCCCUGGUUCGAGCAGACACCUAGCACCAUCCCACCCUGCGUUAGAGAGACUCUCUUCCCCCUUGAAGUUUGCUCUGCAACUUGUCAUUCAUCCAGAAGACCUUCCUGACGACAUGGUGUUUGAUACUGUUACGGAGGCUAUUGUCUUCAAAGGCACUCACAAAGAUCGGGAGCGGGACUCAAGAAGACAUUCCCACGCUUCAUCCGUUUCCAAUACUUCCGCAACGAAUUCAUCCAUCCCUCAGAAUUUCCGGAGAAAAGUUUUCGUUUUCCCGAGGAAUGUCACCGUCGCUGAAGUCAUUGAGUUGGGUCUGGAGAGAUUUGGAAUAUUAGAGGGUGUGGUCGAUGGCGGUGACGAGGUGGAGGAUAAAUGGACGAAGCGUAGGAGUAGUGCUGCCCGGGUAAGGUAUGGGUUGACCGCGAUUAUGGGUGACUCUGAAAGGGAAUUGUCUCCAGCAAGCCGUAUCAUUGAUGCCUAUCCCCGUCCACCGACUUUCCGCACCACAGAUCGCGACAAGCGCUCUAAAGAUUUCCACCGCCGGUCGAUGGAUUCUACUCAAAUACUAGGAAAUAUGGACGACUUGUCCACGGACGAUCCUGUGUUUGUCUUGAGGCGAGCCACAUCUUACAGAACUUCUACCAACAAGAAUCGGAUGUCUGCCCCCUUGGAUGAACUCGCGCUCAAAAACCUACAUCAGCAGAUGAACCGGGACUCGAUAGCUUCAUCUACCCGAUCUGGGGGAACGGAUAGUGCUCCCAUCUCGCCUAUGGGUGCAGGUGGGUUUGCUGAUCAACAGGCGAAGAAAAAGGAGAUCAUCGCGGCUCAGAGAGAAGCUUUCAGGGCUACGCAACGUGCUAUGUUAUCUGCCCAAGCCAACUCUCUCCGUGGUGUUGACGUUCUCUUACCAGGGAACGCCAGACUCCGUAGUGCUCGCGUUGAUAGCGAUGAUAACUUGCGGUACUCCUAUGUUGAACCCGAUGGUGAAGCAUACGAUAUCAGUGAUAUCGUGGAAGAGGAAUGGCACGCUGGGGAUCAACAUCGGCGUGAGAAAGAUAAGAGAGAUUUGUUAGAGGGCGUUGUGACGGGGCGGCCAGGCGCUAGCGAGAAGCUGGAUAGAAUCCUGGGAAGGAUAAAGAAAGGAAAACCUGGUCUCAAACCCUCCGGUCAAGGAACUCAGCAAGGAGGUUUUGUUCGCACUGCAUCACCGUCAUCUCAGUAUUCUCUGGAUGAAACCGUCGAAGCCUAUGGACGAUCACGUUCUGUAACACCUGCUGGUUCUAUGGCUAGUGUCACGGCGGGACCCAAGGUGGUUGGACAGGUAAAACGUUCACCUUCUCCGGCAUCUACUGUGGGUGGAAGGCUUUCACCCUCCGGUCUGCGUCCAGGCACAGUCACUCCUACUGGCGCUGCCGGUCAACGACCAGAUGCAAGGCGAAAUCCUUCGAUCGCAUCGGUCAUGUCAGACUUAUCAGGUUAUGCAACGGCUGCCUCGCAACCAAUGACGCCCUCUCCAGUUGAGUACGAGCCGCCACGCUCGAUAACAAGUACCCCAAAGCCGCAAGGGCGACACCAGCGUCCAAAACCUGCCAGUCCCAAUACCGGGAAGAAGGCACCUAUUGGGCGGCCGUUCAUACCGAAGGAUGACUUUGGUGUCUCACAGAUGAUGGCAAUCAUUGAGUACAGAGCGAGCAAAGGUGUCAUUCGCCACACCCCGGCAACUCGUGAUCCAGUGGAGGAGAUGUUAUUUGGGAAGCCAAUAGAUCUUGCAAGCUUACAUCCCGCGAUUAGAGAUAUCUACGCCGAUUCGUUUAGAGAAUUGGAUGAAGUGGACAAAUUCUUAGACGAAGAACUGCUACGUGUUCAAGUUGCAAGACAGUCAUGA